AUGUGCAAGGAGGUAGAAAUAAACGUCGAACAGAUGAAGGAGAAGAUAAGGAAUAGCAAAUUACACGUUUUAACAUUUGCAACUCAUGAGCAAGGCUACUUUAACACGUUAAAAGAAAGCUGCAAUAGCUUGAAUAUAAAAUUAAAUGUAUUAGGAUGGGGAAAAAAGUGGGGAGGAUUUAUUGAAAAAUUAGUUAAGGUAAAAGAAUACUUAAAAGUAUGUAAAGAUAAUGAUAUAAUUCUAUUUGUGGAUGGUUUUGAUUCUAUACUUCUUCAACCAGCUAAUGUUAUUAUAGAAAGAUAUAUAAUAAAUUAUGAUAAUCUAUUUGUUUGCACUAGUGAGAGUACCUAUUCCAGUAAUUAUUUUUUUUUUAAAAUGAUUGAAAAUAUGCAUUUAAUAUUUCACAAUAGUAUUUUUAAAUGUAAUGACAAUACUGAAUGGGAUUCUACAAAUAUUAUGGAUAAAUAUAAAGAUUUCACUUAUUUUUAUAAAAAUUUAAAUUUGCUAAACUCAGGCGGAUGGAUCAGCACUGUUUACUUAGCUAAAAAAAUCUUACAGUACAUACCUUCUUUUAUUGAAAAUGACCAAGUGUUUUUAACAAAUUUAUAUUUAGAUUGUAAUUACUUACUAAAAAUUCAAAAUGAUCAAAAAAAAUAUGCACAAAAUGAACAAAAGAAGUUUGCACAAAAUGAACAAAAGAAGUUUGCACAAGACGAACUCAUAGAACAAUUCGACAAUAAAGAACAACUACAAUAUUACAACAAAAUCAUUAUUGACAAUCAUAAUGUCAUUUUUCAUUUGUUCAGAAACAAAAGCAAUGUAAUGUUACUAAGAUACGAAGAUUGUGUGCACUUUUUUCCCUUUAAGCCACUGUUAAAUACCUACUACCUGAACAGGCAAGGUAAAAAUGAGGAAAGAAAAAAAAAACAGCUCAUUGGUCGAAGUGCAGAAAAGGAUGACCAGAAUGGUCAAAAUGGUCAUAAUAGUGACGGUAUGUUAACUAGCCAAAAUGGAAAAAAUAGUGACAAUGUGUUAGCUAGCCAAAAUGAACAAAUACUAUUUCCUGCAAAUUCGCUAGAAAAAAAAAAAAGUUCAAUCAUCACGCGUAUAAAACAAAUAUUAAUGAAAAAAAAAAAAAAAAAGGUUAGUUACGGAGAUACUAGUUACUAUGAUGAUUACUGCGGUGAUGAGGAAAAUUUAAAAAGAAUAAAACUUCUUAAGCAAAGCAGCAAAAAUAAAAUCGAGUGGAUGCAACGAAAGACCGUUUUGGAUGAUUUUUAUAUGGAUAACAGCAGCAACAAUAGCGGUAACAACGGCAGUAACGGUGAGAAGAAUAAUAAUUGUAAUGUGAGAAAAAUUGGUCAAAUAGAAAAAACAUUUAAUUAUUCGAUCGUUGAUACGCACACACACACCUCACCCUGCAUUCUUCAUAUACACUGUAUGAGAAACAUUGACAGCAUAAUUCGUACCAUGGGGUUAAAUAAUAUGUAUAGCUCGAAAUGGUAUAGCAAUAUAUGGUAUUUAAGUUACAGCUUAAAAGGUACAAUGAACUUUAAUUAUUUUAGCCUUUUAUUUUCUACCGUUAUUGCAUCUGUCUCCUUUAGUUUAAUUCAUAUGAAAUAUAUAUUAACCUUUUUAAUUCAUAUCCUUGACACAAAUUUUGAUUUAUAUUGCAUGAAGGAUAAAAGGUACAUAAGCAAAGCUAUGUUUUUCCUAAAUGACAUUGAAAUUUCUUGUUUUCUUUCCUUUACAUUGGCAGUUUUAUUUUGGGUGUUUUACAUUUUUAACAAAUCCAUUGUAUAA